ACCCACGGCCGCCGAUUCUUCUUCCUCACAUUCUCGGCUUCUCCUCUCCAGUCGCACGUCUGGCCUGCCAUCUCCACUCUCCGACCAGACCUCCACGAUUUACUCAGCGGCUCAGCCGUCCGAAGCUCGACCGCCAGUCCCCACCAGAAAAAGACUCGUUGUAAGAUUCGAAUGGCUUGUAUACAGUAUGGUAGAAAUGCACUCCGGCAAAUUAUUAAAGAUACUAGACUUCAUCCUUCUGAUCGAAUGAUGCAGCCACUGUUAUUCUCGAGUCAGGGAGUUAGACAUAGGAAGUUGGAAGUUAUUCUGACAACAAGCAUUGAAAAGCUUGGUAAAGCCGGAGAGACAGUUAAGGUUGCCCCUGGAUUCUUUCGGAACCAUCUCAUGCCCAAGUUGCUGGCUGUUCCAAAUAUUGACAAGUAUGCUUAUCUGAUCAAGGAGCAACGCAGGAUUUACCAACCAGUUGAUGAAGAGGUCGUGAAAGUUGUGACAGUGACGAAGGAGGAUAAGAUGAAAGAAUAUGAAAAGGCAGCAAAACGUCUGGAUAGUACUCAGCUGGUGUUGAGGAGAUUAAUUGACAAGGAAAAGUUUCGUACUCGUGCUACAAAAGAUGAGCCCUUAGCUUUGCAAUCUUCUGUGACAGUAGACGACAUUGUUGCUGAGGUGGCACGACAAUUUUCUGUUCAAAUUGCGCCCGAGAAUCUGAAUUUACCAUCCCCCCUGUCCACAUGUGGUGAAUAUGAAAUACCACUCCGAUUUCCAAAGUCGAUCCCCUUGCCUGAAGGAAAGAUCUACUGGACCCUCAAAGUGAAAGUCCGUAGUAAAUAAAAGUGGGAAACACUUGCUCUCGCUUUAUAUGGUGCCUCUGGUAUGGGUUUCUUUAGAUCGCUAGGCCUUUAGUUAUCAAGUUGACUGUUUGUUGAUUCUUCAAUGAUUGAAUUUAAGCUCUAUGCUUAACUUUAUAAUGAAUUCACACUCUGAGACAGAUGAAUCAACGUGAGAUUUUGUGCGUUCUUGAAUUAA